CACAGGGCCAUCCCGAGCCCACGCCUGCACCGCGCUUCCGCGCAGCCACCCGGAAGCCGGGUGCCGCUCAGAGCCUCGCCCCCUUGUGGUCACGUGAGGCGCUAGCGCGUCACCUGACGCACUUGACAGCCCGCUGAGGACGCAGCGUCAGCUGAUCUGGGAGUCGCGAUUCGUGCCGGCCGGUCCAGGUUCUCCGGUCCCGCCGCUCCCGCAGCAGCCAUGUCGUUCUUCCCGGAGCUUUACUUUAACGUGGACAAUGGCUACUUGGAGGGACUGGUGCGCGGCCUGAAGGCCGGGGUGCUCAGCCAGGCCGACUACCUCAACCUGGUGCAGUGCGAGACGCUCGAGGACUUGAAACUGCAUCUGCAGAGCACUGAUUAUGGUAACUUCCUGGCCAACGAGGCAUCACCUCUGACGGUGUCAGUCAUCGAUGACCGACUCAAGGAGAAGAUGGUGGUGGAGUUCCGCCACAUGAGGAACCAUGCCUAUGAGCCACUCGCCAGCUUCCUAGACUUCAUUACUUACAGUUACAUGAUCGACAACGUGAUCCUGCUCAUCACGGGCACACUGCACCAGCGCUCCAUCGCUGAGCUCGUGCCCAAGUGCCACCCACUAGGCAGCUUCGAGCAGAUGGAGGCCGUGAACAUUGCUCAGACACCUGCUGAGCUCUACAAUGCCAUUCUGGUGGACACGCCUCUUGCGGCUUUUUUCCAGGACUGCAUUUCAGAGCAGGACCUUGACGAGAUGAACAUCGAGAUCAUCCGCAACACCCUCUACAAGGCCUACCUGGAGUCCUUCUACAAGUUCUGCACUCUAUUGGGCGGGACUACGGCCGAUGCCAUGUGCCCCAUCCUGGAGUUUGAAGCAGACCGCCGCGCCUUCAUCAUCACCAUCAAUUCUUUCGGCACAGAGCUGUCCAAAGAGGACCGUGCCAAGCUCUUUCCACACUGUGGGCGGCUCUACCCUGAGGGCCUGGCGCAGCUGGCUCGGGCUGACGACUAUGAGCAGGUCAAGAACGUGGCCGAUUACUACCCGGAGUACAAACUUCUCUUCGAGGGUGCAGGUAGCAACCCUGGAGACAAGACGCUGGAGGACCGAUUCUUUGAGCACGAGGUAAAGCUGAACAAGUUGGCCUUCCUGAACCAGUUCCACUUUGGUGUCUUCUAUGCCUUUGUGAAGCUCAAGGAACAGGAGUGUCGCAACAUCGUGUGGAUCGCUGAAUGCAUCGCCCAGCGCCACCGCGCCAAAAUCGACAACUACAUCCCUAUCUUCUAGCGUCCUGGCCCAAGGCUCUCAAUUGCACUCUUUGUAUGUGUGUGUGUGUGUGUGUGUGUGUGUGUGUGUGUGUGGUCUGUGACAAGCCUGUGGCUCACCUGCCUGUCCGGGGUGUAGUACGCUGUCCUAGCGGCUGCCCAGUUCUCCUGACCCUCUUAGAGACUGUUCUUAGGCCUGAAAAGGGGCUGGGUACCCCCCCCCACCAAGGAUGGACCAAGACCCCCUCCAGAGCAAGGAGGCCCCCUCAGCCCUGUGGUUACAGCUGCUGAUGUGUCUAAGAAGCAUGUGGUCACUUUCAUGUUCCUCCCUAACUCCCUAACCUGAGAACCCUGGGGCCUGGGGGCAGUUUGAGCCUCCUCUCCCUUCUGUGGGUCGCUCCCAGAGCCAUGGCCCAUGGGAAGGAUAAAGUGUGUGUGUCCUUGGGGCCUGGGGGGAUGUUGCUCCUCAGCUCCCUCCCUCAGCCCUGCCCCUCUGAGACAAUAAAACUGCCCUCUCUAAGCCCAA